AUGCAAAUCGCCACGGUUGGCUGGAGAGUUGCUGAGGAGCGCCAGCAGGGGGCGUGCUCGGGCAUCCGCGCGCGGCGGCUGGUGGAAAGGUGGUGCCCAAGCAGUGACCAGGGCCGGCGACAGAAACAAGCGCCUCCGAGACCAGACGCUAUGUCCUCCACCGUGAACAACGGAGCUGCCAGCAUGCCGUCCCCUCCCGACGCCGCGAACGGCUUCCCGCAGCCCGGCGCCUCUUCCGGGGCCUGGCCGCGGUCGGAGGAGGAGCUGCGCGCCGCCGAGCCGGGCCUGGUGAAGCGCGCGCACCGCGAGAUCCUGGACCACGAGCGCAAGCGGCGCGUGGAGCUCAAGUGCAUGGAGCUUCAAGAGAUGAUGGAGGAGCAGGGGUACUCAGAGGAGGAGAUCCGGCAGAAGGUGGGGACCUUCCGGCAGAUGCUGAUGGAGAAGGAGGGAGUGCUCACCAGGGAGGACCGGUCUGGGGCCCACGUCGUGGCAGAGACCCCGCGACCGACCGAGGGCGCCGAGCCGGGCCUGGAGUACGAGCCCUUGGACGACGAUGAGGACGACGACGGCCCGGUGGACUGCGACUGCCCGGCCGCCUGCUACCGCGGACACCGGGGGUACAGGACCAAGCACUGGUCCAGCAGCUCCGCGUCGCCCCCUCCCAAGAAGAAGAAGAAAAAGAAAGGCGGCCACCGGAGAAGCCGCAAAAAGAGGAGACUAGAGUCUGAGUGCAGCUGUGGGAGCGCCUCACCCCUGCGUAAGAAGAAAAAGAAUGUGAAGAAGCACCGAAGAGACAG